AUGAGUGUAGACUCUCUAGAUCUGGAUACAGAUAUUUCGCGUUCGUCAUCUGCAGGGCGAUACAGAUCGCCCUCCCCAGGCUCACCCAGCAGGAAGCGCGCGAGGCUCGAGGACGAAGACUCGGAGGUCAUCCAGGAACUCCAGCCCCGCGUCCCAUACGAAGGCGAGGUCGUGCAGGACGACAUGUUCUACCUGUCCGACGGAAGUUGCAUACUCCGCGUAGAGAACACGCUCUUCAAUGUGCAUCGAACGAUUUUGACCAGGGACUGUUCGUCCUUCAGCGCGAUGUUCGACAUGCCUGUGCCGCAGGAUGGCCGCUCCGAGACGGAAGGAUCGUCUGACUACAACCCGAUCAUACUAACUGGGGACACGGUCGCGGAAUUCAAGAACUUUCUAUGGGCUCUUUAUGCACUACCAAAUGAGCUCAUGACCGUCUUCUCCCCCUCCGCCGACCUUAACCAGAUGAUGGACAUCGCGCACGUUGCGAACAAGUACUCCUUCCGCUCGGUCGAGACAUGGGCGCUCGACGCUUUGAACGAAUACGUGAACCGGAAGCCGACACCGAUCUUCUGCUACCCGCCAUUCGUGAGCGCGAAGGAUGUCGCCGCAAGCGGCGUGCGCAUCGCGCGGCUCGUGCGGCUCGCGCAGACGUGCAGUCACACGCGACUGCUCACUGCGCUCGUCGUGCUGCUCAAGCAGCGCAUGAACGUGCAGAUCCAGUACGCAUUCCUCGCCAUGACCCUCGCGGACGACCUCGGCCUCCGUGCGCUCCGUGGCGUCGCGUACAUGGAAGUGCUCCAGCACGGCAUGAAGAUGGUCAUGGACGGCCCACGUCAGGCACCUGCACCCGACAAGGCGCAGGAGGGCACGGAUGGAGAUGAACUUCUGGUAGUCUCGCCGAACCAGCGGCUGCGCCUCCUCUCGGGGUUCCACCGUCUCGCGCAGACGUGGGAGACCUUCCGCCUGCAGCCGCUGCAGUUCGAGCACGCGCCGACGUGCGGCGCGACCUGGCAUCAGCACGGGUGCACGCAGAGUUGGCUCGAAUUCUGGAAGGAGAAGUCUAAGAGCGACUCCGUACUCGCGCUCGGCCUGGCAGACGUGCAGGGCCGCAUGAGGGCAAUGGUGAAGGAGUUUGAGCGCUGGGGCUCUGCGACGUACAUGCAUCAUGAUUGCAGGAUGACUGCGAAGAAGGUGAUGCAGGAGAAGAUCAAGGCUCUCGAGGAGGCUCUACCUGAUUUCUUUGUGGACUAA